GGUGGAGACAGGAUGAGAGGGAAAGUAAUACUGUGAUACCAGUUUGCAAAGAUAAAUGGACCAAAUGUUGCAGAAGAGGUGCGAACAGGACUGCGACGGGAGGAUGGGAGGAGAGGAGGUGGCAGAUUCAAGCUUCUCGAUGGAGGAGGAUGUGGAGUUAGAUUCUGGGUUCUGCAUGGAAACGGACCUGUGUUCAGCCACACAGGUGGUUUUAAGUUCAGAUGAAGACACAGACCUGCAGGAGUUGGACUGGUUUGUGAUUAGAGGAGGCGCAGAUUGUCUGCAUACUAGUCCGGAGCAAAUAGAUGGAGGGAGUCAAACCGAGGAAGAAGGUGAGACAGAGGCAGAUUCGAGGUUAUUGGAGAGCGGAGAGACUGACGAAGAAGUGGAUGAUCAGGCUGAGGAGAAUUCGGAAGUGUGUUUAGAGCCGGGAUGGGAGGAUGGGGUUCACGUACGGAUCGCUCUGGAGGAGGUGGAAAGCUACUACAGGUUUUCUCGCCGCUGCUACUGGCUGUGUGAUGACAUAAUGCAGCUGGACAGCAGUCCUCUCCGCGCUGCUGACAUCACCCCCGACCUCAAAAAGCAGUUUGCCUUCCUCUCAGGCGGUAGAGGAGACAACGGCAGCCCCAUCAUCGUGUUCCCAGAAUUCCCCACAUUUGGGGAGAUCACUGACAGAGAGUUUCACAACGUGCUGACGUACCUGACGAGCGUGCCCAGCUUGUCGUCCACGGGCGUAGGUUUCAUCUUGGUCAUUGAUCGGCGGCAAGACCGAUGGGCAGCUGUCAAGGGGACCCUUCUUCGCAUCGCAGGCUCCUUCCCAGGGAACCUCCAGCUGGUUCUGGUUUUGAGGCCCACCGCCCUCCUGCAGCGCACACUCUCCGACAUCCUUUUCAAGUUCAACAAGGAUGAGUUCAAGAUGAAGGUGCCGGUGAUCAUGCUGAGCUCCAUUUCUGAGCUGCACUCGUACAUUGACCGUACCCAGCUGACCCAGGAGCUCGGAGGAACGCAGGAGUACUGCCAUGAGAAGUGGAUUUCCCAUCGCACUGCUAUUGAAGGCUUUGCGUUGAUGGUAAAGAAAACGGCACAAACUCUCCAGUCGUUUGGGACCGAACUCGCAGAAACCGAACUCCCAAAUGAGAUCCAGGCCACAAACAUCCUGCUGAGCACACACACCAGCAAGAAAGACAAAAUGAAGGAGGACAUACUGGUGGCUCUGGGUCAAGGCGGCAGGCUGUUGGAGAGCAUCAACGAGCCUGUAGUACGAGACCCAGACCACAACAUGAACCAGGAUGAACUGGAGAACCUGGCUACAGUACAAAGACUGCUGUCUCAGCUGGACGAGACGGAAAGGGCUUUUGAUGAGUUCUGGGUGAGGCAUCAGACCAAACUGGAGCAGUGCCUCCAGCUGCGUCACUUUGAGCAUAACUACAGAGAGGUGAGGGCUCUGCUGGAUCAGGUGUCUGAGAAACUUGCAGCCUUCACUGAGGUGGGGAUCAGUCCGGCCCACGCUGACCACAUCUUCUGUGAAUUCACCAGCUAUGAAGAGAGAGUCUGCGAGAUUGUGGAACGAGCCAUGACCUUGUCUCGUGAGGGUGACGAACUGAUCCAAAACUCCCACUAUGCUGAGGACUCCAUCGAGCCCAAAAGCAGUGAGCUCAGAUCAUUGUGUGAGAACGUUAGUAGCAGCAUGAAGGCCAAGAGGGACCAUCUACUCAAAGCCAUGGAGCUGUACCACCGGCUGGAGAAGGCAUCUAAAUGGGUUGAUGAUGGAAUAUACCUGCUGGCGUCUCAGCCAGUGGACAAGUGUCAGUCUCACGAGGGGGCGGAGUUAGCCCUGCAGGAGCUGGAGCGUUACCUGGAUAACACAGGCCAGAAUCAAAUGACGGAUGUCAGCAACAUCUGGACAGAGUACGAGGCCGUGCUCAACCAGCAGUUCAGGGACCAAGUGGAGAAGGUUUUCCAGAAGCAGGUGUCCAUGCAGGAGAUGUUUGACAAGAGGAGGAUCAGCCUGAAGAAGCUCGCAGCCAAACAAACAAGGCCCGUGCAGCCCGUAGCCCCGAGACCUGAAGCCUUCAUCAAAUCCCCUCUGAGCUCACCCGCACACAGAGGACAACAGGAGAAAAACUGCCCAGAGACAGACUCUGGCAACAGCUGUGAAAAAGGAAAUGGCCAACUGCAGAAUGGCGACAGUAACAGCAGACACGUCUCCCUGUCGGAGGAGGAGGAGAACCUGGCGGUGCUCCGGCGGCACGUCAUGAACGAGCUGCUGGAAACUGAGAGAGCGUAUGUGGAGGAGCUGCUCUGUGUACUGCAGGGAUAUGCCUCUGAGAUGGAUAAUCCAGCCAUGUCUCACCUCAUCCCUGCGCCUCUUCAGAACAAAAAGGAGAUUCUGUUUGGCAACAUGCCAGAAAUUUACCACUUCCACAAAAGGACGUUUCUGAGGGAGCUGGAGCAGUACACCGACUAUCCCGAGUUAGUUGGCAGGUGUUUCCUAGAGAGGAUGACAGAUCUGCAGAUCUACGAGAAGUACUGUCACAACAAGCCUCGCUCCGAGAGCCUGUGGAGGCAGUGCUCCGACUGCGCUUUCUUCCAGGAGUGUCAGAAAAAGCUGGAACAUAAACUGGGUUUAGAUUCGUACCUGCUGAAGCCUGUUCAGAGGAUUACAAAGUAUCAGCUGCUACUGAAGGAAAUGCUGAAGUACAGUAAGAGCUGUGAGGGGGCCGACGACCUGCAGGAGGCACUGACCUCCAUCUUAGGCAUCCUGAAAGCCGUCAACGACUCCAUGCACCUCAUCGCCAUUACAGGAUACGACGGCAACCUGAGCGAUCUGGGCAAGCUGCUGAUGCAAGGGUCGUUCAGCGUGUGGACGGAGCACAAGAAAGGUCACGCCAAAGUUAAGGAUCUGGCCCGUUUCAAGCCCAUGCAGCGACACCUCUUCCUGCACGAGAAGGCCCUGCUCUUCUGCAAGAGGAGGGAGGAGAACGGGGAGGGCUACGAGAAGGCUCCCUCGUACAGCUUCAAGCAGUCUCUGAGCAUGAGCGCUGUGGGCAUUACGGAGAACGCAAAGGGCGACAACAAAAAGUUCGAAGUGUGGUGCAACUCCAGAGAAGAAGUCUAUAUUGUUCAGGCACCAACAGCUGAAGUGAAAACCACUUGGGUAAAUGAGAUCAGGAAGGUUCUGACAACCCAGCUGCAGGCAUUCAGAGAAGCUAGCCAGCAGAGAGCUCCAGACCAGGUUUUCCAGUUUCCACCUGUGCCCACUGGAACAGUAAACCUCAGUCCAUUCAAGACCGGUCAAAAGAGCUUUAAAAAGGGAGAGGAGAAGAAAGCCGAGUCCUGCAGCCCUGAUGUCAAUUCGUCACCAAAGCUGUCGGCAAAAGAUGAGGCUGUGACAAGCCCGACCUCAGACAGAGCUGCUGUGGCUAAAAAGCGCUUUACUUUGCAGGGCUUCAGUAACCUCAAAGCUCAGAAAGGAUCUCCCACCAGUCCAGAUCACAAGACGAAACGCCAGAGCGAUCCCACGCCAUUCGGCUUCAAAGAUACAGGUCCUCCUCCCCUCCACCUGAGCAGAGCCAGUUGGUUCAGCACCUCUAGUCUUUUACAGACAAAGUGGAGAGGCUGGAACAAGACCCUGUCACUGGACGCCUCAGAGGAGCAUGAUGGCUAUUCCAGCGCUGAGGAUCCUCUUAACUCUGACCCCGAGGAUGAAAAUACCAAGAAGCUGUGUGCUGGGAAGUACACGGUGAUGGCCGACUAUGAGACGGGUGGCGCUCAAGAGCUCUCUGUGAAGAGCGGAGACACGGUGCAGCUGGUUAAGGAGGGGGAGGACGGACAGUGGUUUGUGCGCAACCUGAGCUCAUCGAAGGAGGCCUGGGUCGCUGCUGCUAAUCUUAUCACUUUCAUCGGAAAGUCCAAGUCUUGCCAGUCUCUCACCAGCUCAGAAGGCAGCGGGUCUGGAAACCUCAGCACGUCGUCCAGCUGCAGCGAGACCUACACGAGCUUCUCUGACAUCAAACCCUGAACGCCUCAGCACUUUCCCCCCCACCACCAAACUGAACUCUUGAAUGCUAGCAUCGUGUGGCUAUCUGUGCCGAGUUGCCAACAUCAGUACUCAUAACGGAUUUCGUCUGCACAUACAGAAAGCUGUAUUUUUUCAUUAUUUUUAUCACAAGGCUAGAUAUAACUGUCGUGCCAGCUAUACAGAUGUAACAGUGAAGCUCACAGUAUAGGACAUGAAUCUUCCUCUAGUCACGUACAUGUCUGUUUAUUUUUAUGAGCAUCCAUGCGACUGUAAUGUAACGCGUGUGUGAAUGGGUCAGCAGGACUGAUCGCUGGAAACGCAUCUAUUUCUGUUCACAUUAAAAGCCGGGAAACAUUAGUGAUCUCAUGUAGACAGCAGUUGUCUUCAUUUGCACUAAUUUGCCCAGCGGUUUAUAUGUUUAUAUUUCAGCUGUUAAUGUAAAUAAAUUAAGAGGGCGAGAAAGAGAGAGAGGGAUGUAUGGUUUGUGCAUAGCUUGAAUGACGUGUCCUCUUUACAGGUUUAUUUAUUUGCGAGAAACACCUACAUGUAUUCCACCAUUUUUUUUUUUUUAAAUUUCCCUUUAUCUUCCGGCCUGUUUAUCGUCCUCCUGUCUGUUGUCAUUGUUAGACUUGUUAAACCACCAGCUGUCUGAACUUUGUGUGUGAGCUUUUUGUCCUUUCACCGUCGAACUCGUUCUGGGUUUCCUUAUACGCGACAGUUUAAAUCCGAUUCUUAAUGUUAAUAAUCAGAGGUCACUGUAUAGCGCUAACUUAUUCCCCGCAGAGGGUUCUGAAUGUAGAUAUUGUUCAUUAAUGUCCGUCCGUCUUGAAAUGUUUGUUAAUGGAGAUGAUAUAUUGUACAGUGAGUAUGGUGGCGUCACUACUUUGUGACUUGUCUAAUUUUUUUACAUAAACGACUUACGAUCAUUCAA